AUGAACGUACUGACCCAAAUCGACAACUGCUUCGCGAAUUAUAUAAAAAUUCAUGGCGCGCAGGAGGUGGACUCCCACUGGGAUGAGGGAAUUGUAGUGAACAAGUACAUCGAAUUGGGAAAUGGGUACGAAAAAAGGGGGAAGGCCCCAAGUGGUACAAAGGAGAAUGGUGAAGAGGCCAAUCAGGAACACGCCUCGUCUGAGGAAAAAGCAAACUGUGCCAGCGAGGGGUGUCGAAACUUGAGUAAGUCAAUUUUGAGAAAGGAAAACCUCUUCACUUGCAACGACGUGGUUGAAGGUUGCGUGUGCCUAAAUACGCUCGAGAAUAUAGCCGACCUUAAGGACACCACCCUAGUCAGAUGGACAUGCAUGGUGCAGCAGAUAAUUUCUCCUGAAAGUUACGUAGGGAUUUACAAGUUAAGAAAUAAAAAAAACGGAGAAAUAAUUUUUAAGAGCUCAAAAUAUAGAGAUUACAUCGAUACGGAUGACAACUGGGAGAUAGUGGAAGACAACGAAAAAAAGAACAUUGGAGAAUAUUACGAUCUAAAUUAUGAGAAAUACUGCAAGAUGGGGGAUGAUGAAAGGGGAACCAAGAAGGAGGCACACCAUACGGGCGGGCAGAACCUUACCGAUGAGGCUAAUCUUCAGCUGAGCAAUAAAUCAACCCACGCCACAGCAGGAACGAGCACCAAGCAGAUAGAGAAAAAAGCAUGCCCCAAAAAUUACGAUCAGAAAAGAAAAGAAGAUCACACGGUGCUGAAUAACCGUAGUGAUGACAUAUCUUUCUUCGAAAGUGAUAACAAUUUUAAAAAGUAUUGGAAAAGAUAUCUAUUUCUCUGCACAAAUGUACCGGGAAAUAAAAGCACCUGGUGCAAACAGCUGUGUGACUAUUCUUCGUACUACAGCAAUUGCGAAAAUUUUUUAAAAAACGAAACCGUGAAUGGUGGCAAUGUUUGCGCGGGGAAGUAUACGGCCCUUUCGAGCUGCUCCACUGAAGAGGAGGACAAUGCUAAGGCUGACGACUUAUCCAUCCAUGAUGUGCGUCUCUCGCGAGAAACGAUCUGCAGUAGUGAGUUUCAGCCAGAGGAGUGGAACUCAGAGGGACACACAGCGGGAUACGCAGCGGCACACACAACGGCACACACAGCGACACACACAACUGGUCUGUCAAAGGACACCACCGUUAGUGGUGCUCCCCCAAACGGAGCACCAAAGACACCCCGCCGUGACCUCGAAAAGAAGAACAAACUCAGGUGUAUCAUAAAAAUAUACGACGAUAAUAGCCAGUACAACGGCAAAAACGAAGAAGACUUCCUAAAACUGAAUGACGUAAUUGAAGUCAUCGGAAUAUAUCGCAAGCAUCAAAUAAAACACUUUGAAGAUUGUGAAAAAAAUUUGAACUUUUAUUUUUAUUAUGAUCAAAAUUUUUUAAAAUAUCCUUGCAUUCAUGCUUUUCGCUACAUCAAGGUCAAGCGGUUUAAUCCGCUAAGUAGCUGCAUAUUAUUCAAAAAUGAAUUGUGCGACAUUUUGCAAAGUGGUCCUUUCAGAACCGUCGAUGAGUUGAGGAAACACCUCCUUAUGUUCAUCUCGAACAGCUUUUCCCACGACUUGCUGGUCGCUCAUUAUUUCUUCUUUUACUUGUGCGGCAGUUACAUUGAGGAGAGUAAACUCAAGCUGGGCAAGGUUAGCCUAAACAUUUUUAACAUAUCGACGGACGGGGAAAAGUGUGCUUCCCACACGGGGACCACUAUUACGGCGAACCAGCAAAUCAGUGAGGAGGAGGAAGAAGUUUCACCAAAAGAACCGCCUCAAAAGGGGGAUAACUCUUUAAGGAUGAUAGGUGAACAUAAAGAGGGGAAAAAUAAAUCAUACCCGAGUCACGCCACCCAAAUGAACAAGAUGAUUAAAAAUUUAGUUCCACUGUAUAGGUAUAUUCCCCUCUGUUUAACAAAAUUAAGCAGCCAAUAUUUAGUAUCCGUAAUGAAUCACCAAAAUGGAGAAUUAAAAAAGGGGAAACUCCAACUGGCAAAUAAUACCUACUUGGCUUUUGACGAAUGCGUCUUAGACGAAGGGAAACUUAACACCGUUAGUACGAAAAAUUUCCUCUGUAUAGAGAGGUUAAUUACGUCGCAAGAAAUCCCAUUCAUAUUUAACACAGACAUUACCUUCGAAACGCAAAAUAACGUUUUGAUUUUGUCUAUGAAAAAGUCCAUGUUUGUAAAUUAUGUGGACAUCCCCAUCCCUGUGUGUCACCAAAGGGCGAAGGGCCGCGGGGGGUUAGCUAAAGGUGGUGUCAGCUCGGCGGGCAAAGUGGAGCAAUCGGGGGGGAGCAAAAUGGACCAGGGGCAGAAAGAAGGAAGAACAGGAGACAAGAGCGAAGAGAGGAGCGAAGUUAUCACCGAAGAAGGUGCACAUGGAGACGCGAAAACCCCCUACAAGGAAAACGAAUCCGAGAAAAACUCCCCCCCCGCUUUCUCCGCCGAAUUCAUCAACACCUGCGAAAAUUACCACCCCAAGGAGGAUGAACUAAUGCAAUUUAGAAGGUACAUAAAUUAUAUACUGUCAAAAAGCCACUCUGCAAAAAUCCAUUCCGAUGUAACGACGUACAUCACGGACUCUUUUGUGUCUCUGCGACAAACCUGCAAAGAUGUGAACCAGUUCGUUUUAAACUCAUGGAUUUGCAUGUCUCGAAUUUGGGCCUUUUCGGAGGGGUGCAACGAAAUAAGUAGGAGCUACUGGGAUUAUAUCAUGAAACUUGAGGGUGAAAGGCGCCUGCGGCUCAGCCACUUGGACGCGCUUUACAUCUGA